AUGGCUCCUGCGGACCAGACAGACCAGCAGUCUGGCUCGGUGGCCCAGGAGGACACCUGGGAAAAGUCCAAGAAAACUUUUGAAAAAAAGCGAAGCUCAGAAUAUUACGAUCCUUGUCAAGACUUCGCAAACCGGAGCAUAAAAUGCAUGCAUAGAAACAACGGCGACCGAGAUAUGUGCCAGGACUAUUUCCAGUACGUCCAACCCGAGGCCUCCAACUCCCUCCUCGGGUCGGCCGUCAAUUUACCUGACGGUCCAUAA